AUGUCGCUCAAUGAUAGUCAACUCCUGAACGAGGAGCCUAUAUCUUCAUUAGAGACAUCAUCUGGUGGGUCCGACAAUGGGCGCAGCAAGCGCACCAGGGGGAUUAGGGAUACCCGUCCAAAAAUCACAACAGCGGGGGCUAUGCGCCCUUAUAUCACUUUUUUUUUGAUUCAGCAGCAGAGAAAGACGCCUAUCCACAUGCGAAAUUUGUGGACAGAAGUUACAAAGGGUAUCCACCAAGCUGCCAAAAGGUUCUGGGGACCAAGCCUGAUAAUUCUUCAUACUAUAAAUAGUAAAAUUCCGAACUCUGUGUUCUAUGCCUGGAGACGAGGAGCAGCAACAGAUAUUGAUCGUGUUAUCGGCGAUAGAAAUACCACCAGAGGAUUCAUGGGACAUAAGACCGAUGGCCACGCAUUUGAGAAAUCGUACAACAACGCCAAUUCUGACUUGGAUGUUCUGGGCAUAGCCCUCCAUGAAGACCAACAGGACACAAAACUCACUAGAGCUGAGUUUGAUGCUCGAAGAGCCAAACCGAAAAGCCCCGGCCAUCUUUACCAAAAAACAGCCAAGAGAGCAGCCGCCACGCUUGUCAACGAAGACGCGCUCGAAGAUGAAUAUGAUGACAGUGAAGCUUUUGUUAAUUUAUGGGAUACUGCAGAUGUGUUGUUCAUUGAUAAUCUUAGCGCGGAGCAGCAAUGGACCCACGGUACCUCCAACAAAGUUCCAGCACGGAGGAAAGAGGCUCCAACCGUCAACAUUGAUGCAACCGCCGAAGAAGAUGAUGAAUGUGGAGAAGAGGAUACCAUGUACGCUGCCCAAGUCAGUGGCUUUCUAGAGAUGUUGCCAGAAGCUCCAGACAUGAGUCCUACACCAGAGGUUAUGGAUGAAACUCCUGCCAGCAAUGGCACGAUUGCUUUUAUAUGCACACUUUACUGCCCGAAACGAGACGACAAUGGAGAUGCAUUUGAGUAUACCUUGUGGAGCACAGUCUCCAAACAUAUCAUUGCGACCGCGAGGUCUGCAGAAUUUGACAAUCAUGCCAAAGCUAUCCGCCAGGCUGGCUGGCUGGAGGAUGACUUUUAUACAUCCGAGCAGCCAGAGGAGAUGAUCGAACGUAACAAGGGGUAUCGAAAAAAGCAGCGGACAAAGGAGAAGGAGGCGGAGGAGGGGCCGUCGAAAAAGAGAUUCCAGAUCGAUUUAGAGAGUGUUGCCAGAGAACAACUGACCACCCGCAAGAUCAUCAAAACCAGCGCAAAUGGUGCGCCAUUGGUUUUUGUAGGGACCAAUCCACCUCCUGCAGAUGUUGGAAAAGAUCAACCAAAGGGUAAAACCUUUGAAGAAUUCAUCGCCGAGCAAAAGGCUACCCAAGGACCAUGCAUGACCGGUGAGCAAUGGCUGGAAAUGCAGAAGAAAAAUCCAUUCUCUAUGGUACCUUUUGGGAUAUCCUCAUGGCACAUGACCAAAAAUAAGUGUACACCAAAGACUUUGAAGCAAUUAGCUGGCAUAAAAACCAUCUAUGUGAAAAUAAGUGACAGUCGAAACACGAUAUUGUCUCAGGACAAUUGA